AUGAUUGGAAGUAUUGAUUGCAUGCACUGGCAGUGGAAAAAUUAUCCUAAGGCUUGGCAAGGGCAGUUUACUAGUGGACACAAGGGGACGGCAACAGUUAUCCUCGAGGCAGUUGCGUCAUAUGAUUUGUGGAUAUGGCAUGCUUUUUUAGGGCUUCCUGGUAGUUUGAAUGACAUAAAUGUACUAGAUAGGUCACCGGUUUUUGACGACAUUGAGUCUGGUGAAGCUCCACGGGUAAACUUCACCGUGAAUGGGCGAGAGUAUAAUCUUGCAUACUAUCUUGCCGACGGAAUCUACCCUAAGUGGCCUGUCUUCGUGCAGUCAAUUCAAAUGCCCCAAGGCAACAAACAUCAAUUUUUUGCCAAACAACAGGAAUCAUGCAGGAAGGACGUGGAACGCGCAUUCGGGGUACUCCAAGCACGCUUCGCUAUUGUCCGCCAACCAGCUAGAAUGUGGGAUCUUGAUGUCUUAGGAAAAAUAAUAAGGGCGUGCAUUAUUUUACAUAACGUGAUAGUAGAGGAUGAACGAGAUACGUAUUCGCGAAACUGGGAAAAUAUCGACUUUGAACCGUCGAACAAUGCUAGCUCUAGCGCCUCUUUCAAUGUUCAAACAGACGUGUUGCCGGAGUUUCAAGUCCAUGUUCAACACCGAUCUGAGGCAUAUAAUCAGACUAGAGCGGAACUACGAGAUAAGACCCAACAUAUUCAGCUGAAGAAGGAUCUUGAGGCAUAUAAUCAGACUAGAGCGGAACUACGAGAUAAGACCCAACAUAUUCAGCUGAAGAAGGAUCUUAUCGAGCACAUUUGGCAGAAGUUUGGGACAACCUAUGAUUAG